CGCCGGCCGGCCGGGGCGGCCCAAGAUGGCGCGGGGUCGGCGGCGUUCGCCGGCAGCCUCCGCUUAAGCGGCCGGGGCGGCGGCGGGGGGGUUCAUGCGCCGGUGCGCCCGGCUGCGGCGGGCCCCUGCGCGAUGGAGGGCGGCGAGCUGGGCGUGGAGAACAUGGAGAGCCUGACCGAGCUGGGCGACGAGCUCACACUGGGCGACAUCGACGAGAUGCUGCAGUUCGUCAGUAACCAGGCGGGAGACUUUCCGGAUCUGUUUUCGGAUCACCUGUGUGGCACCUUCCAGGGCAGCGGCAGCGGUGGCGGCAGCUGUGGGACCCUGGAGCCGCAGUUGCAGCGGCCGUACGGCCAGGCGCAGCUCCAGCCCUUCCCGCCGCCCCCCGCCUCCCCCCAGCUCCAGAGCCUGCCGGUCAAAGGGGCGCAGGCAGCACUGCCGGCCCCUCCGCGGUCGGCCCCGCUCCUUCAGCCCCGGCCCCCGCUCCAGCCGCAGCUCCAGCAGCAGGCCGUGAUGAUUACGCCGACGUUCAGCUCUGCUCCCCAGACCAGGAUCAUCCAGCAGCCGGUGAUCUACCAGAACGCAGCCACGAGCUUCCAAGUUCUCCAGCCUCAAGUCCAGAGCCUGGUGACGUCCUCACAGGUUCAGCCGGUUACCAUCCAGCAGCAAGUGCAGACUGUGCAGGCCCAGCGAGUGCUGACGCAGGCUGCCAACGGCACCAUCCAGACAUUAACGCCAGCCACGGUCCAGACGGUUGCUGCACCACAGGUCCAGCAAGUUCCGGUUCUGGUCCAACCUCAGAUCAUAAAAACGGACUCCCUUGUCUUGACAACCCUGAAAACGGACGGUAAUCCUGUUAUGGCCGCAGUACAGAACCCAGCGCUGACAGCACUCGCUGCUCCCAUUCAGACCACAGCUCUGCAGACCCUUGUUGGGAGCAAUGGGACCAUUUUGACCACAAUGCCAGUGAUGGUGGGACAAGAAAAGGUGCCUAUCAAACAAGUUCCUGGGGGUGUCAAGCAACCAGAACCACCUAAAGAAGGAGAGAGGAGAACAACUCACAACAUCAUUGAAAAGCGUUACCGGUCAUCCAUAAAUGACAAGAUCAUUGAGCUGAAGGACCUUGUCAUGGGGACAGAUGCCAAGAUGCACAAGUCUGGAGUCCUGAGGAAAGCCAUUGAUUACAUUAAAUACCUGCAGCAGGCCAACCAUAAGCUGAGGCAGGAGAACAUGGUUCUGAAGCUGGCUAACCAAAAAAACAAGCUGUUGAAGGGCAUUGACCUAAGCAGUCUGGUUGACAACGAUGUGGAUCUGAAGAUAGAUGACUUCAACCAGAACGUGCUGCUGAUGUCUCCUCCAGCCUCUGACUCAGGAUCCCAGGCUGGCUUCUCUCCCUAUUCCAUUGAUUCAGAGCCAGGAAGCCCACUCCUUGAUGAUGCAAAGGUUAAAGACGAGCCUGACUCUCCUCCCGUGGCCCUUGGUAUGGUGGAUCGCUCUCGAAUACUCCUCUGUGCUCUCACGUUCCUUUGCCUUUCCUUCAAUCCUCUGACAUCUCUCCUGGAUGCCCGAGGAACGCCGGAGUCUGACAGCCUGGUGCGCCACGGCUCUGGCAGGAACGUGCUGACCAUUGAGUCAGAUGUGGGUAGCUGGUUCGGCUGGAUGAUGCCCACGCUGAUCCUGUGGCUCGUGAAUGGAGUGAUUGUACUGAGCGUGUUCGUAAAGCUCCUUGUGCAUGGAGAGCCAGUGACCCGGCUGCACUCAAGGUCAUCGGUCACGUUCUGGAGGCAUCGCAAGCAAGCGGACCUGGAUUUGGCACGGGGGGAUUUUGCUGCAGCUGCGUCAAACCUGCAGACUUGCCUGUCGGUACUUGGCCGAGCGCUGCCGGCUUCCCGCCUGGACUUGGCCUGCAGCCUGUCCUGGAACGUGAUCCGCUAUAGCCUGCAGAAGCUGGCGCUGGUGCGGUGGCUGCUGAAGAGGACUUCUCACCAGUGGCGGGCAAGGGAGGCCACUGCAGGCUUCGAGGACGAGGCCAAGACCAGCGCUCGGGAUGCAGCUCUAGCAUAUCAUAAGCUCCAUCAGCUCCACAUAACAGGUAAACUUCCCUCCAGCUCAGCUUACUCGGGCUUGCACAUGGCCCUGUGUGCGGUGAAUCUGGCCGAGUGCGCGGAAGAAAAGAUCCCACCCAGCACAAUGGCAGAAAUCCACCUGACGGCUGCGGUUGGAUUGAAAACCCGCUGUGGAGGCAAGCUUGGCUUCCUAGCGAGCUACUUUCUAAGCCAGGCUCAAAGCCUGUGCAGCUCGGAGCGGAGUGCCAUUCCUGACUCGUUGCGUUGGCUGUGCCACCCCCUGGGACAGAAGUUUUUUGUGGAGCGAAGCUGGACGGUGAAGUCUGCUGCGAAGGAGAGCCUGUACUGCACCCAAAGAAACCCCGCGGAUCCUAUUGCACAAGUUCAUCAGGCGUUUUGUGAGAACCUGCUAGAGCGAGCAGUGGAUUCACUCGUGAAGCCUCAGACCAGGAAAGAGAUAGUGGGACAAGAGGAGGAGGAGCCAUGCGAGUUCUCUGGUGCCAUGGAGUACCUGAAAUUGCUCAACUCUUUCUUGGACUCAAUGGGGAGCGGAGCCCCACCCUUUGCCAGCAAUUCUGUACUCAAGUCCGCCCUGGGCCCUGAUGUGGUAUGCAGAUGGUGGUCAGCAGCGGUGGCUAUGGCGAUCGGUUGGCUCAGAGGGGACGACACGGCUGUGAGGUCACAUUUUGCAGAAGUGGAGCGCAUGCCAAAAUCCCUGGAGAUGUCAGAGAAUGCCCUAGUGAAAGCCACCUUCUACGUCUGUAAAGCCAUGCAGGCCUCACUGUCCGGGAAGGCAGAUGGACAGCAGAGCUCCCUGGGUCACUGUGAGAGGGCCAGCAGUCACUUAUGGAACAGCCUCAACAUGAGCAGCGGUGUCUCCAGCACUGUCCUCAGCAAUAUGAUCCAGCUGCUGGCCUGUGACUUGCUGCUCUCUCUCCGCACCAGCCUGUGGCAGAAGCAGGCGAAUGCCAGCCAGACCCUGGGUGAGACCUACCACGCCUCGGCCCCCGAGCUGACGGGCUUCCAGCGAGACCUCGGCAGCCUGCGCAAGCUGGCCCAUGGCUUCAGGCCCGCCUAUCGCAAGGUCUUCCUCCACGAGGCCACCGUGCGCCUGAUGGCGGGUGCCAGCCCUACCCGCACCCACCAGCUGCUGGAGCACAGCUUGAGGCGACGCACCCCCCAGAGCAGCAAGCAAGGUGAACUGGACACCCUGCCGGGCCAGAGGGAGCGAGCCACAGCCAUCCUGUUGGCCUGCCGCCAUCUCCCCCUCUCCUUCCUCUCCUCCCCGGGCCAGCGAGCGGUGCUGCUGGCUGAGGCCGCCCGCACCUUGGAGAAGGUGGGGGACAAGCGCUCCUGCAACGACUGCCAGCAGAUGAUUGUCAAGCUGAGCGGGGGCACAGCCAUCGCCGCCUCCUAACGCCGGCGUGGGGCCGCCUCAUGUAAAGACAGCCUGGCUGACCGUCAGCCUAGACUGCCCUUCUGGAGCUUAAAAGAAAAAAAAAAAAAAAAAAAAGUGCUAGGUUAGGGCCGUGCUGGUGGGAUCGCGAUGGGGUGGGAGAGGGAGGGAGGGUUUUGGUUUUGGUUUUUGUUUUUUUUUUUUACCUUGUCCCAGGUUUAGCUUUAUUAGCCCCCUUGCUUGUUCUCAGGCACUGCAGCAGGAAUCUGUCUAGUUGUGGUUUUUGCGACCGUGCCCGGGGCUGUUGGGAAGCGCUGCCCCAACCCGGAGCCCCCAUCCCUGCUGGGGGAGAAGCCCACAAGCCCAAGGCAUAGAGAAGUGGCACACCCUGUGUCUGUCCUCAGGGGCCUCUUGUUCUCUUUCCAAACACCUCUGUGGAAAGGAACCUUUGGGGAGACAGAGGAUCUGCUCAAGCCUUGCCCCACAGGGCUACUGGGCUCUGGGGCUGUUCCCGAGGUGGGGGGGAGGAAGGCACCAGCUUUCCUUGAGCUGUGUGUCAGGAAACCGAAGGCCCCUAGACCCAACUUACAGAGGUGCUCUGGGAGUAUUACGUGGGGCCAGUACUGCCCGGCAAAUUUCUCUACGGUUUUUAUACAGGUUUUUUUAUAGGAGUGUUUGUGGCUUUACAAAAACAUAGGGAACAAUGCAGCAGAUUUCCCUUUCUCUCCACUUCGUGCGCCUCCUUUCUGUGAUAGCUGCCUCUGGUUUUUGGCAGGGGGCUGGGUUUGUGGCAGCCUACAACAAGCGGAGCCUCGUAGAAGGCCGGGGCAUCCCUGGUCAUCCAGUGCUGCGUGGCAGCAGAGGUGGACGUGCAGCACCCUGCACUCUGCGCGAAGGGUGAAUGCUGCUCUGGUGCCUUGUUGAUGCAGAAACAAUUUUUUAGAAACAGUUUUUUAUUUUACUCAACUCCCAGUCCCAGAACUUGUCUUCAGGUGUUUCUCCUUCCCUUCUCCAACUGCUCAACAGCUCCUGAGCAGCUCCAGGGACUGGGAGGCACUGGUUCAGGGUGUGAGUCUCCCAGCUCUGUUACCAUUGCUAUUCAGAGCAGUUUGACUUGCAGGUGUUGAAUUGCCUGUGACUUUUCAAGAGGGGGAGGCGGAUUGGGGACAGGGAGGGAACAGUUUGCCCUCUUUCUCUCUGCCUUUCCUGUUGCAUCUCUCCAAAGAAGUGCAAAGCAGUUGCCCUCUCAUGCAAAUGUGGAAACCAGCCCUUGGCAGGCGAGCAUCACUGCUUCUCCCUGUGCAUAACUGGCGUGUGCUCCGUGUCGGCAGCUAGAAGCAUUUAGAUAAGGGCAGCAGCCCAAUCCUAUCCUGUCCCAGUCAGGCCCUUACAGCCUGACUCCUGCAAAAUCAGAAUUCAGGCUGUUUUGCAAGAAGCUUCUACAUGUAUCUGGCUUUUGCAGAGGAGCAUGAGAGCUUGAGCUCCUUCCAAAAUGAGGGGAAAAAGAUGGGGACUUGUUGCCUCACUUUGCAUGGGGUCUUUUGGCAUCUGGGAGGGGGGUUUCAUGUGCUGUGGGAAUUGAACACAGUGCUAGUCCUGGAGUUGCCUGGCUUCAACAAGAUGGAAACAGGGGCCAGGAGAAACCCGUCUCUCAGCAAAGCCCAUUCCCAGCGGCCGUGGGCUAUAGCUGCAAACAACAGUAUGGGGACCAGAAGAUGCUUCCCUCUCUCUCCCGCUUUAUUUGGGGAAUAGCUGGUGCACACCCAGCCUCGAUGGCUGGCAGCCUGUGCUGCUCGCCCCACUGGCAGGCAGGGGGGGUCCCUUGCUUCCCGCUGCCAGUCGGAGGUGAGCUCAUCCUCUGAGGAUGCUCUUGCCUGUCUUCGAUCAGCCUAGGGGAUGCUCUGGUGGCAGCCACGUCUGCUUUGAGCAGGGAUCCCAAGUGUGCAGAACAGCUCCUGGGUUUGGGGGGUUUGGAUUGCCCAUCCCAAGUUUCCUAGGUUAUCAGGGAUCCUAGUUGGGGGGGGGUGUGGGUGUGUGGCGUGAUUACACCCUCCUACUUUUUCUCCUCUUAAGUGGCUCUCACACUGUCUUCCUGCUCAUGGUUUUUUCCUAAAAUACAGAAACUCCUUACCUGUGACAACCUCAGAGUUAUUUUGCGUUUCCCCAGAUCUGCGUCCAACGCGUGGGAAGUUUUGUGCUUUAGUAAUUGGAAAAGGGAGAUGCUGAGGCUUCACUUUGUCACUAACAGUGGACCGAGUCCUGGGGGCUGGGCUGCAGGGAGUACAGGCUGGGCUGGGGGUGGGAGGCUGCUGGGCUGAAACCCUGGUAGCUAACGGCAUCACCCAUGGAUGGUACUUCUCUCCCUUCCAGGGCAAGGGAUCUUUGCCUUGUUUUUUCUACACUGUUUAUAAAUUUGCUGCCCAUCUGUCCCUACAACUUUUUUUAUAUGUGUGUGUAUAUACUGUAACUUUUUUUCGUUUGCGGGUUGGAGGAAAUUGUUUUAUGGAUUAUGUGAAGAAAGUCUAUUUAUCCACAUGGAGUUUGGAGUAGGGGUGCUUUGUGAUACGAGGUGCAGCUGGUGGUGGGGAGGUUCCCUGGGGAACAUAUCUGCUGUCCGAAAACCCUGUUCAGGGCUCCUGAGCAUCUGUUACCUAAUAAAGGCGAACGUUGCCACCA